ACCGUCUUUCCAUUUGAGCGUAGUGCGCCUGCGCAGUGCGUGACAGUGGAGCAGAUAUUAAUGUCGGUCUUGUGUUACUUUCGGGACUCUAUGCGCCACGGUCGUCGGUUUUAGAAGCGUCUGCUCUUCUUGUUUGGGAGCGGAGUCAUGCGGCGGAGUAAGGCUGAAGUGGACCGCUACGUCUCCUCGGUGCAGAGCUCCUCUCCUUCCCUCAAAGAGAAGCCAGUCAAAGGGUUUUUAUUCGCCAAAUUGUACUUCGAAGCAAAGGAAUAUGAACUGGCAAAAAGACAUGUAUCAGAGUAUCUCAAAGUCCAGGAGAGGGAUCCAAAAGCACACAAAUUCCUUGGACAGCUCUUUGAAAGAGAGGGAGACAUCAACAAGGCAGUAGGAUGUUACAAGCGGUCAGUGGACUUGAACCCAGCCCAAAGGGAUCUGGUGCUGAAGGUGGCUGAGUUACUGGUCAGUAAGCAGGAAUGUGACAGCAGAGCGGAGUUUUGGGUGGAGAAAGCUGCCAAACUGCUUCCAGGAAACCCUGCAGUCUUCAACCUGAAGGAGCGUCUCUUGAGUCGUCAGGGUCAGCCGGGUUGGAACCGGUUGUUCGACCUCCUCCAGGCCGAGCUGGCGGCGAGACCAGCUGACACUCAUGUGAACGUGAAGCUGGUGCAGCUGUUCUGUCAGGACGGACGGCUGGAUGAAGCCGUUAAGCACUGUCUGGCUGCUGAGAAAAGAGGCCUGCUGAGCAACAGCCUGGAAUGGUACACAGUUGUGGUGCGCACACUGCAGGAGUAUCUAGCUCAGCCCAGCGUCUCUAGUAAUGAGAAGAUGUGUCGGCGUCUCCAGAGAGAGCUGCUAUUGGCCCACAGCAGCCUGCUAAGAAUCACAUUGUCUGAGAGCAGCAUGCAGCCGAGCCUCGAUGCGCUCACAUGUUUUGACCAGGCUAUGCAGACGCUGAGCAGCAUCGCUGGCCGCCACACAGACGAUCUCUGUGAGGUGUUCAUGGAAAUGAGAGGUCACCUCUACCUGCAUGCUGCCACACUGCUGUUGAAGCUGGCUCAGGAUCACCAACAGACCUGGAGGGCUGUCAUUGACCUGGCUGCACUGUGCUACCUGCUGGCAUACCAGGUCCCGAGACCAAAGGCUAAAGUGACCAAAAGAGAUCAGUCAGCCCCACAGCUUCUGGAGCUACUGGCCAACGACCGGCAGAGUCAGGCUGGUCACAUGUUGCUGAAUCUGAGCACUGAUUCAUCUACCUUGAUCAGAGAGGUGGUGGAGGCGUUUGGGAACCCUAGUGGUCAGGAGUCUCUGUUCGAGCUCCUGUUUGGACCACAGGCCUCCACUGGAUCUUCCUUUAUUGCCAAUGAUGACAUUCAUUCCAUCAGCACCAUGGCUCCAGAGCUGUCUCAGCUCGUCAAAUGUGACGCUGGCUCCAUCCUGCUGCAUGCUGGCGACCUGCAACAUCUAAGCUGGUUGGGGCUUCAGUGGACCCUGCUGGCCCAAAGACCAGCCCUGCGGGACUGGCUACAGCAGCUUUUUCCUAGGCUCACUCUGGAAACCUCCAAACUGGACACCAACGCACCAGAGUCCAUUUGCCUGCUCGACCUGGAGGUGUUUUUACACGGUGUGGUGUUCUGUAGCCACUGUCAGCUCCAGGAGACGGCGAAGAUAAGCAGCGGAGUGAACCAGCAGCAACAACAGCAGCUCUACGAGCCUCGCUGCCUCCCUCUCCCACUCCUUCGCCUCUUGACCACCGACAGACAGAGGGAGUGGUGGGACGCCAUCUACAGCCUCAUUAACAAACGAACAGCUCCUGGCAUGUCGGCCAAACUGCGGAUGAUUGUGCAGCAUGGACUGAGCACUCUGAGGGCCGGCGAGAAAAACGGGCUUCAACCAGCACUGGCCAUCCACUGGGCACAGUGUCUCAGCCAGACGGGUGAUGGAGUGAACUCGUACUACGACCAGAAAGAGUACAUCGGCCGCAGUGUCCACUACUGGAAAGUAGUACUUCCACUGCUGGAAAGGAUCAAAAACAGACGCAGUAUACCGGAACCCCUUGAGCCCCUCUUCAUACACUUUCCCUCCAAAGAUAUUCAGAUUUCUUCUGUGAAGGGCCAUGAAGGGGAAGCCAAGAUUGCGUAUUCGGUUCUCCUUGACAUUGAAGGCAAAACAGAGGAGGCCAUUGCUACAUUGGAAACCAUCAAUAACAUGUCAUCCAUCUGGCAUUUGGCACAGAUCUACCAGCGGCUUUCAGAGGAGGCCAGCAACGGGGUCGAGGAGACCCAAGACAGGUGCAUCACUUUUCUGAAAAAGUUCAGGACCUACCUGUCCAAGAUCUACAAUGCUAAUGCAGAUGACAUUGAGAAGCUGCCUGUCUCCAUGGAGGAAAUUGUGGACCUCCUGAAUGAUGUGAACCAGCAGCUGGGUGAGAGUUUGGAGGCUAUGGAUGAAGAGGAGGAGAAGGAGGAGGGUCGAAGAGGACCGGCCCACUCCAGCCCUGCUCAUCCCAUAGAAACCUCUACUGCAGUGUCCCACAUAAAGUUUUCCUCUCCCUCUCCUAACAAAAGCAUCAUCUCUCCUUCAAAAAGACACCUGAUUUCUCCCAAAACACCACCUCAUUGGGUGGAGGACCAGAAAAGUCUCCUCCAGAUGCUUUGUCAGCAAGUUGAAGCCCUCAAGAACGAGGUUCAUGAUCUGAGACACAACUCUUCAGGAAACGCAAGCUCCCCUCAUCACAAGAUGUAUGGUGAGAGCUACGGGGCCGAGGGCCUUCAGGAGCCCUUUACCCCAGUCCAGUCCUACCAUGGGGCCCCUCUUACAGUUGCCACCACAGCCCCCUCGAUGUACUACAACCAGUCUCCAGCUUAUAACUCUCAGUAUCUCUUGCGCACAGCAACAAAUGUCACCCCCACUAAGGGUCCAAUGUAUAAUAUGAACCGUAUGCCACCUCAGCAGCACAUGUAUGCCUACCAGCAGCCCACUCAUACUCCUCCAUUGCAGACAGCACCCCCCUGCAUUUACCCUCCUCAAGAACAGGUCUUCGGAGGCCCUCUUCGCUUUGAAUCCCCAGCCACAAGCCUUCUGUCACCAUAUAGUGAGGAAUAUUAUGGGCAGAGUGUAAACCAACAAACAACCAACCCUCCCCUGCCUGAACCUGGCUACUUCACCAAGCCAUCUGUAGUCCCUGUUCAGCCACCCAAGACCCUCGAGGGGAAGCCUAUGGACUUCGGAAAGCUCUCCUUCAGCCAGCAGGUGCCUGCUGAAGUCCCCAAAGUGCCCAGUUUUGGAGCAGGGGCAGUUGCCCAGUCAACACCUUCAUCAUCUUUUAAAUUCAACUCUAACUUCAAAUCCAACGAUGGAGAUUUCACUUUCCCACCUUCCCAGUCCAAGCACAGUGAAAGUCUGCUUGGUCUUCUUACGUCAGACUUUCCCUCUAAAAUAGAUUCUGUCCCAGAGAACCCUCCUGCCCAUGAGCAACCCCCCGGCCAAGGGGGCAUCUUCACCUUUGGGAAUAAAAGUGUUACUGGCUUCUCCUUUGUUGAUUCUGCGCAGAGCACACAAACUCGAAAUCUUUUUGGUAAUGUGGAGCAGCCGUUUACAUUUGGGGAUGUAACCAAGCCAGCGUUUGGGGUUGCAGCGCCGGCUGCAGAAGAAGAAAGAGUAGCAGAGAGCGACAAUGACAGCACUCGUGAGGAGGAUGAAGAUGGUCCUCACUUUGAACCCAUCGUACCUCUUCCUGAUAAAGUAGAUGUGAAAACAGGUGAGGAGGAGGAGGAAGAAAUGUUUUGCAACAGGGCAAAGCUGUUUCGAUUUGACACAGACACAAAGGAGUGGAAGGAGCGGGGCAUCGGCAUGGUUAAAAUCCUAAAACACAGCGCCAAAGGGAAGGUCCGCCUCCUAAUGAGGAGGGAACAGGUCCUUAAGAUCUGUGCAAACCACUACAUCAAUGCCGAUAUGCUCUUGAAACCAAAUGCUGGCUCUGACAAAUCCUGGGUCUGGAAUGCCAUUGAUUAUGCAGAUGAAGAGCCUAAGCCUGAACAACUGGCCAUCCGCUUCAAAACGGCAGAUGAGGCAUCACUUUUCAAAUCUAAGUUUGAGGAAGCCCAGAAAGUUGUUCUCAAUUCAGCAAACGAGCAUGUUCAACCGGAGAAGAAAGAGGAAAACUUGAAAGGUUCUGAAUCACUGGCAGCCCAGUUUGCCCUUAAAGAUGGGGAAUGGGAGUGCACUAUUUGCUGUGUCAGAAAUAAACCCACGGAUGCGCGGUGCGCCGCUUGUCAAAGUGCCAAUCCCAAUUCUUCAUCCAAGCCAGACAUUCAAACUGCCGGUGAAGCCAAAGCUAGUCCAUUCACUUUCAAAUUUGGGACCGAUUCAUCAAAACCCAUUGCUUCUGGCUCUACAUUUACUGGAUUUGGUGCUUUUGGAGCAUCCAUACCCUCCUCAUUUACAUUUGGCACCAGCGCCUCAAAACCUACCGACGUGGUGGACGGUGCAUUUGGUUCUGGUUUUGGGGCUCAGUUUGGCAAGAAGCAGGGGCAAUGGGACUGUGAUGUGUGCGAAGUAAGAAAUGAGGCCUCUGCAGACAGUUGUGUUUCCUGUAAUGCACCUAAAGCCACACCUAAAACAUCUGCAACAGCACAAAUAGCCCCAGCUGUGGAUGCACCAUCUAUAUCUGCUUUUGGCUCUGGAUUUGGGGCUCAGUUUGGCAAGAAGCAGGGGCAAUGGGACUGUGAUGUGUGCGAAGUAAGAAAUGAGGCCUCUGCAGACAGUUGUGUUUCCUGUAAUGCACCUAAAGCCACACCUAAAACAUCUGCAACAGCACAAAUAGCCCCAGCUGUGAAUGCACCAUCUAUAUCUGCUUUUGGCUCUGGAUUUGGUGCUCAGUUUGGCAAGAAGCCAGGGCAAUGGGACUGUAAUGUGUGCGAAGUAAGAAAUGACGUCUCUGCUGACAAUUGUGUUUCCUGUAACGCCCCCAACCCUGCUUCUUGUAAAGCUCUUAAAACCUCACCUCAAACAACAUCGACAGCACAAACGGCACCAACUGCAGAUGCACCAUCUAUAUCUGCUUUUGGCUCUGGAUUUGGGGCCCAGUUUGGCAAGAAGCCAGGGCAGUGGGACUGUAGUGCAUGUGAAGUAAGAAAUGAAGUCUCUGCUAACAAUUGUGUCGCCUGUAACGCCCCCAACCCUGCUGCUAAAUCAACAGAGGGGGUUCCAGCAGCAUCACAUCUGCCAGCAGGGUCAGGAUUUGGGGCUGUUUUGGCAAAAAAUGAUGGGCAGUGGGACUGCAAUAACUGCCUGGUCAGAAAUGAUGCUUCAGCUGCAGAAUGUGUUUCCUGUCAUUCCAAACGUACCACUCCCUCUUUAGCAGACAUGUUUGCCAUGAAGGAUGGGGAAUGGGAUUGUGACGCUUGUCUGGUGAGAAACAAUGCCUCUGCUGAUAAGUGUGCAGCCUGUCAAACACAGAAUCCCAACGCUAAAAGCACAACCAGCACUACUCCCUCGGCCUCCACUUUCAGCUUCUCAUUUGGCAGCAAAAGUUCCUCAAGCCAGCCUGCUGGGACUGGAUUUACAAUUCCUUUUGAAACCAGCAGCGCUUUUCAGUUUGGUCAAAACAAAGAGAAAAGCUCAGCUGCUUCUUUUAAGUUUGAAGCUCCUCCGUCAGGAUCAAAUACCACAAGUGCUUCAGGCUUCUCUUUCUCAAUGCCCUUUGCAGCUGGUGGCUUCAAGUUUGGCAUUCAGGACUCCGCACAAGAAACUCCCUCUACUGAUGAUCAGAUGCCUCCAUCAGGGUCAGCCUCUAGUUUUCUGAAAAGCAUAGCUGACAAACACAAGGAGCAAGAAAAUGUGUCUACUCCCUCAGAGGGCCAAACCGAGCACGAUCAAAACCCAUUAAUUUCUGGAAUAACCAGUACGUUCAGCUUUGCUGACUUGGCAGACUCCUCUGAAGGAGACUUUCAGUUUGGCCAGAACAACCGCAAUUGCAAAGGCUUCUCUGGGGCUAGUAAGCAGUUGUUCACAACCCCCACCAAGGCAGAAGCCACAAAUGAGCUGGAAGAUGACGACAUGUACAAAACAGAGGAGAAUGACGAUAUCCAGUUUGAGCCGGUGGUCCAGAUGCCUGACAGGGUGGACCUGGUGACGGGGGAGGAGGACGAACAGGUUCUUUAUUCUCAGCGUCUCAAACUGUUCAGAUUUGACUUGGACACGAGUCAGUGGAAAGAGCGGGGUGUGGGAAUCCUUAAAUUCCUGAAAAACAACUCUAACGGCAGGCUAAGGGUGCUGAUGAGAAGAGAGCAGGUUCUGAAGGUGUGCGCCAACCACUGGAUCACCACCACCAUGAACCUUAAGCCCCUGGCAGGCUCGGACAAAGCAUUUAUGUGGUUGGCCAAUGACUUCUCUGAUGGGGACGCUAAACUGGAACAAUUGGCUGCCAAGUUCAAAACCCCAGAGCUUGCCGAGGAGUUUAAGGAGAAGUUUGAAGAGUGUCAGAGACUUCUCUUGGACAUUCCCCUACAAACCCCUCACAAGCUCGUUGACACAGGCAGAACGGCACGCCUCAUUCAGAAAGCAGAGGAAAUGAAGUCUGGUUUGAAAGACCUGAAAUCCUUUUUGACAGACGAUAAAACAAAGAUCAAAGAUGAUGACACACAAGGAGACGUUACAUCAUCCAGCAACGUUUCAAACCUUGUAAUCAAGCCUCACGCUGAAACCACCGCCGCCACCUUAGAGUGGGAUAACUAUGACCUAAGAGAAGAGGCUUUGGAUGAUACCGCUGACUCAACGACCUAUGCCUCUCCUCUUGCCAGCAGCCCCCAGGGGAAAAACCUUUUCCGCUUUGGUGAAUCCACAGGUGGAUUCAACUUCAGCUUCGAACCCGGCAUCAGCCCCUCCAAGUCUCCUGCUAAGCUCAACCUGAGCAGAGCCUCAGUCGGUACCGAUGACGAGCAGGAUGUAACCCAGGAUGAGGAGAGGGACGGACAGUACUUUGAACCUGUGGUCCCCUUGCCUGAUCUGGUGGAGAUUUCUACAGGGGAGGAAAACGAACAGGUGGUCUUCAGUCACCGGGCCAAACUGUAUCGCUACAACAAGGAGCUGGGUCAGUGGAAGGAGAGGGGCAUUGGAGACCUCAAAGUCCUGCAGAAUUUUGACACCAAACGAGUGAGGUUAAUAAUGAGGAGAGACCAGGUACUUAAGAUCUGUGCCAACCACAGGAUCACAGCAGCCAUGAAGCUGGAACCCAUGAAGGGAGCGGAGAAGGCCUGGGUCUGGAGUGCCUUGGACUUUGCCGAGGUGGCAGAGGGUAAUAUUGAGCAGUUGGCCGUGAGAUUCAAGCUGCAGGAAACUGCGAACGCAUUCAAACAAGUAUUCGAAGAGGCGAAUGUUGCCCAAGAACAAGGGGAACUCAUGACUCAGGUGACACCCGGGCCGGCCUCACCUCAAGACAGUGGACCUGCAGAAUCUCCUCAGGCGGCUACACCUGUGUGUGGGAAGGCGGCCAUCGCUGUUCUGGAGGAGACCACAAAGGAACGUACGGAGCUUCCCCCCGAUUGUAAGCCAAGUGCAGCGGGGUCUCCAAGUCCAGUCAACUCCUCAAAGACAGUAGUGUGUCCCCCUAAGUUUGUCUUUGGCAAACAAAGCCUUCAGAAGUUUUUUGGCUCUGCUAAUUUUCACUCUGAGACUGAGGAAUCGGCAUCCGGGUCUAAAGCCAAAGAUUCUGGACGUCCUGGCCAGGCAUCACCUGCAUUCAAAAUCCCAGAGAAAGGGCCGCCUCAGGCAGCGGGAGGCAGUGCAGAGUCGCAUGAGGACUCGGACGUGGAGGUUGUGUACGUCAGGGAACCCACUGCUGAGCAGGCGGCUUUGGCCAGGAAACUCAUGCUGCCUCUCACCUUCUUCUGCUACCAGAAUGAACCAGGCUACACCAGCGACGACCAAACUGAUGAUGAGGACUUUGAGUCGGCAGUAAACGCCUUGAACGGAACGCUUUACCUUGAUCCUCCUGAGAAAAAUGCUGCAGCAUGUGGUGAUGAGUCAGACUGCCAGGUGGUGUGGGAAAAGAAGGCGACUCCGGAGGAGGAGGAGAAGGCAAAGAGCCUCCAGCUUCCACCCACCUUCUUCUGCGGCCUGGGCACCACAGACAGCGACCCCGACCACGACAAGCCCGAGGACUUUGAGACAGAAGUCCGCAGGGCGCAUCAAGACCUGGAUGCCCAGUUAAACCAAACUGAAAAGGCCUCCAGCAGCUCGGCUGUAGCUCCAGAAGAACCAACAUCUGGCCCGUCGUCCAGCAGCGCAGAAGAUGCAGUCAGCUCGUCUACACCGGAGCAGCAGACCUCAGACCAGCCAACCGAGACUCAGAGUGAAGCUCCUGGCAGCAGCUCUCCCAUUGACCUGUCCACUAAGAAGGGCCCAGAACCAGACUCCACCACUGGGACUUCAAUUACUGCCGGUCAAGACCUCUCCGACUUUGGCUUCAAGUCGUUAGGAGGCUCCUCUUUUGCUGAUUUGGCCCAAACCACAGACGCUUUUGCAUUUGGAGCUUCAGACACCAACUUCUCGUGGGCAAAUGCCGGAGCAACAGUAUUUGGGAGCGCCGUGUCCUCAGCGCCAAAAACCGGCGGUGAGGAUGGCAGCGAUGAAGAGGACGCGUCUAAUAAUGUGGACAUUCACUUUGAGCCGAUCGUGUCACUACCAGAGGUGGAGACAAAGUCUGGAGAGGAGGACGAGGAAAUCCUGUUCAAGGAGCGCGCCAAGCUGUACCGAUGGGACCGAGACCUCGGCCAGUGGAAGGAGCGUGGCAUCGGCGACCUCAAGAUCCUCUUCCACCCGACCAAACGCUUCUACCGCAUCCUGAUGAGAAGAGAGCAGGUGCUGAGGGUUUGCGCCAACCACACCAUCACACAGGUGAUGGAGCUCAAACCCAUGAACGCCUCCGCUAACGCUCUGAUCUGGACCGCCACCGACUACUCAGAUGGCGACGGCGUAGUGGAGCAGCUGGCGGCCAAGUUCAAAACUCCGGAAAUAACCGAAGCCUUCAAGAAGACCUUCUGCGAGUGUCAGAGCCGCACGGGCCAAAAUGAAGGCGAUGAGUCGUGUGUGUCAACGCCGCAGAUGUCCAGAGUUCAGGAGCACUCCAGAGACUCUAACCCUCGGGUGUUCCUCGAAGUGACGUCCGACGGCGAACCGCUGGGAACCAUCACCGUAGAGCUGUUCUCCCAUAUCGUCCCAAAGACGGCGGAGAACUUCAGGGCUCUCUGCACCGGGGAGAAGGGCUUCGGGCUUCGGGACUCCAUCUUCCACAGAGUCAUACCUGCCUUCAUGUGUCAGGCUGGUGACAUCACCAACAGCGACGGCACGGGAGGAAAGUCCAUCUACGGAAGCAAGUUCGAGGAUGAGAACUUUGACGUUCGGCACACGGGCCCGGGCAUCCUGUCGAUGGCCAACCGUGGACGCGACACCAACAACUCCCAGUUCUUCAUCACCCUAAAGAAAGCCGAACACCUGGACUUCAAACAUGUGGCUUUCGGCUGGGUCCGGGACGGCAUGGAUGUCGUGCAACAGAUGGGAGAGCUGGGCACGAAGGGAGGAAAGCCCACUAAGAAGCUCGUCAUCACAGACUGUGGACAGCUGUAGUAGUUUUUAAAUGUUGAGAUCAAGAUUUACAGCUUUGUUUGGACUGUGCAAACCGUCAUGCUAGAACUGAAUCCAUUGUUAUUCAGACAUCAGAGAACUAAACACUGAUUACAGGACUACGGAUCAAGACCCUUCAUCUUAGAAACCUUGCUCCAGUAGCCUGGAAUAAGACAAAUGUUUUGCUAUCCUAAAGCAUAAUCACAAUUGGGAAACAUGGUGUAGUAUGUGGGAGGAGCAUACAUAGUAUACUUUUGCUCUGUUGCACUUGCAUCUUUAUCAUUGUCAAUACAUUUGUUUAUUUUGUGUGUAUAAUUGUACAUGGGCUAUUUUUUUAUGUAUUUUUUUUUUUGUUUCUUUUGUCUUGCAUGUGCUCAAUUUAAAUGUGCUGGUAUUUUUUUCCCUUUUUGAGGAAGUCUUAACUAUAAUUGAAAGGUGAGGUUGUUAUUUGAAUGCACCUAUUGGUUUCUUACUGUGUACCUUUUACUGCAGGGCUCCCCCAGUGACUUUUCUUUGUGUAAGUGACUUUCACAAUGUGCAGAUAUAUAAACAACAUAACUUUGAGUCAUCUCACUGUGUUGCCCUGAACGUGUCGCGUGGCUAGACGACGAUGUUACACGUGGUUUGGACUUUACAAAGGCAAUCUGUUAUAGUUUAAGAUAAUCACAGAGUUGAAAUGGUGCUUGCUGUACCGAAAUAAUUUGCUGAUAAAGGAGAAAUAAAGUUGCUUUAUAAGUAAUGGAUGGCUGUUUCAAAAUAUUU